GAAGUCCCGCCCCUGGCGCGUCGCGGUUGCUAGGAAGCGGUGCCGGAAGGGGCGGAGCGGAGGGCUAGGCCGCGGCCGCGCAGCGGAGCCGGAGCCGCCGGCGGGGGCGAUGGGAGCGGCCGGCGGGGACGGCUGGGCGUGAGGGCGUGCCGCGGCCACCCUUCCCGCCGGCAGGUUGAUUCUGCUUUAGGAUAAUGGCAGGAAAAGUAAAGUGGGUAACUGACAUAGAAAAAUCUGUUUUAAUAAACAACUUUGAAAAAAGAGGCUGGAUUCAGGUGGCAGAAAAUGAAGACUGGAAUUUUUAUUGGAUGAGCGUACAAACAAUCAGAAAUGUUUUCAGUGUGGAGACUGGUUACCGCCUCUCUGAUGACCAAAUUGUCAAUCAUUUCCCAAACCACUAUGAACUGACCAGAAAAGAUUUAAUGGUAAAGAAUAUCAAGCGAUAUAGGAAAGAGCUUGAGAAAGAAGGAAGUCCUCUUGCUGAAAAGGAUGAAAAUGGGAAAUAUAUUUAUUUAGAUUUUGUUCCUGUUACUUUUAUGCUUCCUGCUGAUUAUAAUCUCUUUGUUGAAGAAUUCAGAAAAAAUCCCUCCAGCACUUGGAUUAUGAAACCUUGUGGCAAAGCUCAAGGAAAAGGAAUAUUUCUAAUCAAUAAACUCUCUCAAAUUAAAAAGUGGUCUCGAGAUAGCAAAACAUCUUCGUUUGUAUCUCAGUCUUCCAAAGAAGCCUAUGUGAUUUCACUCUAUAUCAACAAUCCAUUACUUAUUGGUGGAAAGAAAUUUGAUCUUCGUCUAUAUGUUUUAGUAUCUACGUAUCGUCCACUGAGAUGUUACAUGUAUAAACUUGGAUUUUGCCGGUUUUGCACAGUAAAGUAUACACCAAGUACAAGUGAAUUGGAUAACAUGUUUGUACAUCUUACAAAUGUUGCCAUUCAGAAACAUGGGGAUGAUUACAAUCAUAUCCAUGGAGGCAAGUGGACAGUGAGUAACUUACGUCUUUAUCUGGAGAGUACCCGUGGAAAGGAAGUCACAAACAAAUUAUUUGAUGAAAUUCACUGGAUAAUUGUGCAGUCACUGAAGGCUGUUGCGCCUGUAAUGAAUAAUGAUAAACACUGCUUUGAGUGUUAUGGAUACGACAUUAUCAUUGAUGAUAAGCUUAAACCAUGGCUAAUUGAGGUUAAUGCUUCCCCUUCUCUUACUUCCAGUACUGCCAAUGAUCGCAUCUUGAAGUAUAAUCUUAUUAAUGACACACUUAACAUUGCUGUGCCUAAUGGGGAAAUUCCAGACUGUAAAUGGAAUAAAUCUCCACCGAAAGAGGUUCUUGGCAAUUAUGAAGUCUUAUAUGAUGAAGAGAUGGCGCAAAGUGACGGGCCUGAUCGUGACUUGCGAAGUCGUUCUGGGCAGUCCACUGGAGUAAAAGGAAAUCGUGCAAGAGAUUCGGGAAAGCCCGUACUAACCACCUGGAAGUGAUAACAGAAAAAACAACUGCAGUCUUGGUAGGAAGACAUUAUGAACAAAAAUGCAGUUUUUUAACAGAUUCCUCUAUUUUGCUGUAUUGCAUGUGGGAAAUAUUGAAAGAGGACAAUACAGCCUUUGAAAAGAAGUGAAACAAGCACUGUAAACCCAGUAACUGUACUAGACAUACACUGACUUGAUUAAUAAAAAAUACAUAUAUAUAGUAUACAUGUAUAUAUAUAUAUAUAUAUACACAUAUUUAUACUUUGUAUAACUAAUAUUCUGACAGUAAUGAUUAAGAACUUUCUUUAUAAAGAACUCAAAAUAUGCAUUCUGAAAGAAACCCCUUGCUGUUCUGGAGAUAAUUUAUUUCCUGUAGUAGCCUAUCCCUAACUCCCUAUAAUAAAUGAGCUAUGGAUUCUGUGAGAGGGUGUUAGUGGUGUUAAUAUUGUCACAAUGAUGGUUCAGAGUCUUGCUAGUUAAAGAAGAGCAACUAGAAAAAAUAGCAAUACAUGAUCUUGAGGCUAUUGUCAAUUAGUGCAGCUAAUGAUUUGUAACCAGUAUUAAGAAAUAGAAAAGUGACUUUUUAUAUGCUGAGGGUUUGGGGGUUUUAUGCUUGAUUGAUUUGGGGUUUUUGUUGGUUUUAGUUGGUUUGUUUGUUUUGUUUUAAAUUUCCUUGAAGUGUUUUGAGCUGCUAACUCUUUAAAGGUAUAAAGCUUCAUGAACUGAAGGAGUGUUGCAAAUGAUGCAUUAUUUGAUGCAUUAUUUCACUAGCCAUGAAUUUUUAUUUCAAGAUAAUGCAUGUCUGUAGAAAAACACAGAAUAACUACAUACUGUAAUAAAUCUCAUUGCAUGAAGCUGAUGAUAAAGCUUUAUUUGCACCAGAAUUUCUUUGUUUAUUUAUGCAUGUAUAUAAGUACAAUAUCUGAAUUUUUGGUAUGUUUUGUGUGUACUAUAACAAAAAUAUUGUUGCAUGUGGUAAGCUAUUUCUUGUAGCUCUGAUAACAAAAGUUGUGAUGAUUAGCUAUUAAAAUGUAUAGAGCAAAAGUUAAAAAUAGGUGUUUCAGUCUUCUAACAACAUAGCAUAUAAAUAAACUAGUUGGGUCUGUGA